UAUUCUUAGUCAGUUGAGCGGUGUCUCUCUCUUCUCGACGCAACAAAUGGGGGCGGAGGCUAAUAGAGCAGAGGAGACUGCAACUAUAACGACGCCGGAGAACGUUGAGGCCUUGCUUGAGGCUGCAAGAUAUGAUGAUAUUGAUGAUAUUAAAAACUUAGCUUCUGCUGGCGUUUCUCUUAAUUCCAGGGAUUCACAGGGUCGAACAGCACUACAUAUGGCUUCAGCUAAUGGGCAUCUUGACAUUGUGAACUAUCUUAUCAGUAAUACAGUGGAAAUUAAUGCUUCUAAUUUGGAGAAUAAUACACCGCUACAUUGGGCUUGCCUCAAUGGGCAUAUUGAGGUGGUUAAGAAUUUGAUCCUAGCAGGAGCAAAUUUAUCAGUUUUAAACAGCCACGAGCGGACUCCAAUGGAUGAAGCAGUGAGUAGGGGAAAGAUGGAUGUCAUUGAUGCAAUUAAUGCAGCAGUGGCACAGCUUGAGCUAAGCGGCACAAGCGUUUCCUAAUUUCCGAACUUCGUAGUGAAGCAAAGUUUAAUCAUGUUUGUAUGUUUCCCCUUCUCGGGUUGCAAGUUUGUGAUCUGAAAAUUCUGGUGACAUCUCAAGUGGAAAUCUCUGUUUUUGUUGUGAGAAGCAUUGUAAUUAGUUUCGGGCACAAACUAAGCAAUGCUAAUAGAGUAAUAUACAGAUUUAUCUCUUUAUAA